AUGGCCCUCCUGCCCGAGGCCAAUGAUGUUUUGAGGGACACUCUUCCCACCGGAUAUCCUGCCGACCAAGACGUGUCCCGGGGCCGCAAGAGAUCUCGGAGUCUGUCCAGAGCCGUCAGGUCAAAGUCGCUGCGACCCGAUGAGUCCUCCACGCUGCGAGGAAGAUCACCACGACGAGCCACAUCCCCUUAUCCCCUGCCUUCUCGCAAUACGUCUCCGGCCGCCCUCAGAUCUCCCACGAGCCAGAUUUUGCUGUACAACCAACUCCGCCGGGCUCGCCGGGAGCACUGCCCUUCCCGCAUUGCCUCCCCGACCGAACAAACACUUGGCCGCCGUCACAGGACAAGAAGUCCAAGUCGUGGCGUCCCAAGGCGUCAUGAGGCAGUCCGUUCUCCCGACACUCUCUCUCGUCUGAGAAACGAGGUCUUGUUCGAACGUGACGAGGGUCUCCAGUCGGAACCCCCGUGUACAUUUGGCGUCUCCAUGCAACAACAGGUCUGA